AUGUCGAAGCCUUUCGAUCCCGAGACCGCGGAGAACUUGGACGAUAUGGAGAAGCAAUUUGCCGUCAAGGCCGUGGAGCACUUGAUGACAUACUGGGCGAUCCUCGAGAAGGUCCGCGGCUCGCAGCUCCGUCUGACCAAGAUGGACGAUGAGAUCUACGAGUCCUUCAUGAAGGAGUUCCCGGACUUCGACCCCGCCGAGACGCUGAACGAGGACACGAUGAAGAGCAAGGAGGGCAAGGAGAAGUGGCGCAACUGGAUGAACCAGUAUGAGAAGACCGUCACCGACUUCAACUUCGGAACUAUGCUCCGCUCCAACCCCAAAUUCGAGUACGACCAGGAGACGACUAUCUUCGCCAUGCGCAUGCAGUUUUACGCGAUCGAGAUCGCCAGGAACCGCGCUGGACUCAACGACUGGAUCUACGAGAAGGCCCAGAAGGCGAGCUCCUAAGAUGUGUGCCACGGAGUACUGGAAAAACCUUUCCUUGGCCCUUCUAGAAUAGUCGCACGAAUGACUGGAUCCGUUCCCCAGCUCCCAAUCCUGCAUUCGCUGUCGCUUUAUGGGAUAGUGCAACGACUCGAGUCCAUAGUCAGCCCACUUCACGGCCCGUUCAUGGUCCAAUGAAUCGUUCGGUAGCGGCCGUAAAUGUUGCUUUUAAUGACCUUGGCAGAGAGUCUGGGUUCCCUGCGAGAAUGGAACCGGGGUGGUCUCAAUUUCUUCUCUUCGUUCUCAAAAAGCGAAACAUUAUAUGUAUAUACAGUGGGUGGAUCUUGUUCAUUGGAAAUGAAGUAAUGAAUAGACAUUUUCUUUUUUUUGGGGGUGGUUGGUCCUCAGGGCGAGCGGAGAAACAACAAUGCCAACCGUGGAUCAUUAUCUCUUCCUUCCUCAAUAUAACCGCUUUGGGACAAGGAGCGGGACAAUGGGUUACCUCAGCCUGCCAU